AGCAACAUUAUUUUUCUACGAAGUUUUUCAAUGUACAGAUUUACAACACGUAGGCCUAGUCCUAGUCACUAACUUUAUUGUGCUAACUUUGGGCUAGCCUACAUCAUGUUAAAAACAUUGUCCAACCAACAUCUGAGUUUGAUUUUAGCAAUUUCAUCAGCAGCUUUAACCAGUUUUGGUAUCGUGUAUUACUUUCAACGAAAACGCAAAUCACCAAAAAGAUUUAUAGAGGUUGGCAGCGUGAGUGAAAUUUUGAUAUAUCCCGUGAAAUCAUGCAGGGGAAUUUCCCUAGAUUCUGCCAUGUGUUCAUUGCGUGGACUGAAAUGGGGCCCUUUGCGAGACAGAAAAUGGAUGAUGAUAAAUGAAAAAGACAGAUUCGUGUCUGCAAGGCAAGAGCCAAAAAUGGCGUUAAUUGUUCCUAGUCUAUCAGAUGACAACCAAGAACUGAUCCUAAGCACCGAAGGUAUAGAACCCAUUAAGAUACCUGCUAAUGCUAAUGUCAGUCAAAGACUGAUAUGUACUACUAUAUGGAACACGGAUAUUUGUGGUUAUGAGUGUGGUAAGGUUGCUGAAGAAUGGCUUUCAAAAAUCUUCCGCUAUCAAGGCUACAAGUUAGUAGUUCAUGAAGACAGCCUUGAAGGUCGCAAAUUGGCCGAUGACCCCAAGUGGAAACCAAAAUCCUUGUACAAAGAUGAGUCUCUGUAUUCAGAUUUAACGCAGUAUUUGGUAAUAAGUGAAUCAUCGCUUGAUGACUUAAAUAAAAGGUUAGAUGAACCAGUAACCAUGAAGAACUUCAGACCAAACAUUGUCGUCAAGGGGUGCAAGGCAUUUGCUGAGGACAAUUGGACGGAGAUCAAGAUUGGUGGUGCCCAUCUGUACAGGACUCAUUUAUGUGGAAGGUGUCGAAUGACGUUGGUAAAUCCGGAGACUGGUGUGAUGGCGCAUGCUGAACCACUGAAGACACUGCGAGAGUAUAGAAUGGUUGAUAAAUCUCAUCCAGACUCCAAAGCAUUUGGUGUGCACCCUGUAUUCGGCUCAAAUUUCAACAUGGUUGAAGUUGGAAAUAUCAGAGUUGGAGACAAGGUUUAUGCAGUUAUUGAGUAGUAGCAAACAUCAGUCAUCUUUAUGAAAGCAUCACUGAUGGACUUAAAACUGCUCUAAGGAAAUUGUUUCUAUCGACAUCAAACAUUGUGAUAUGUUAAUCAUUUUAAAUUAUUUUUUUAAGUGUGAUAUGUUAAUCAUUAUUGGGAUACUGUAUGUUACUCCACAUUCAUGUAGGUAAGGAUCACACUAGAGCCCUAGUAUCUGGAUCAGGAGCUAGCCAUUAGCACUAACGGUUAGCACCCAUGUGAGAACGCCCGAUCGGUUUGCGAGCGCCGUCGAUUAGCAAGUUGAGCACAUUUUUAUAAUUAACCAAGCACACGUACACAUUUCUAAUUUCCGGUUUUCUAUUGGCCAGUAAUCCCAUCAUCAUCAUCUUGAUAUUUGGAUCUGGGAGUUUCUUGUAUGAAUGCAAGGGUGAGCACGCAUGUUAUUAAUAUGGAUCCUGCUAAGUGUUUGAACAUAGCCAUAAGUAAUAAUAAAAUAAAGGUGUAUGGCUCUAUUUUUUGUGUUUUACUUGCAAUGGAUAAGGGAAUUUAACUAUAGACUUCUUAAUACAUAUGUUUCAGGUUAACAUGCAUCCAUUAGUGGUUACUACCUCAAAUAGUUUUUGUAGUUUUGGUAUCAUUAUCCUUUUUUGGGGACAUUUUAUUAAACAUUCUGUUUGGUUUAUAAACCAAUUCAUUUUUUAAGAAUCCAUUUUGCUGUGUGUGAGUGAGGGGACCAUAUUUUUAAUAAUAUAUGCUUAACUGUGAUUGACAUUUAGCUUUUUGUACAACUUUUUAAUUUAAUAUUAGUAUCACAGUCAAAUAAAAUAAUUAAUGAAAUGCUGCAAUUUAAAUAUAAACAGUGGAAUAGUUCCAAGUUGCAGGGACCCGGCCAGAGUGAAUACGUUCCAUAUAACAUUUCAUUUUGAAGUAAAGCCUUGGUUGGUUAAAUUAUGUAUACAUUUUAUGACAACAUUUAGCUGUACAGGUAGGCCUACUGUAUAUGUAUAUAUACCAUGAGCCGACAUUCAGGUGGUUUAGGGAGGUUGUAGGACGCAGCUGAGACAUUGGGUUGUCGCGACACUGUAGGUAGUAGCCAUUUUGUAUGCUGAAAUUCAAUUCAUGAUUUUAGCUGUGAAGGUAAACAGGUUUUUAAAAAUGCAAUGUGCAAACAAUUCAGAGUACCAGUUGUAAUUUGAUAAAUUUUAAAUUACAGUGCAUGACAACAUAUUUUGAACAUUAUUCAGUAUGUAAAUGAUAAUUAUGAGAGAAUUUAUUAAAUAUAUAAAUUAACAUGUUUAUGAUAAAAGCUUUGAAAAUUGCUGA